UCAGCAGUCACGCUGGGUAUAUGAAGCCUACAGGAAGGGCGAGAAUCAGCUGCUGCGACUGCGAGGCAAUCCGAAGCACACACCGGGAGUGACGCUGAGAUUGUGAACUGUCAGCAUGGCUGAGACCGUAGAGCAGCAGCAGCAGAAUGUGGUGGAAAGGUUGAUCAACCUCCCCUUGGUCAGCUCCACAUAUGACAUGGUGUCCUCUGCCUAUAUCAACACCAAAGACAACCACCCGUACCUGAAGUCUGUGUGUGAUGUUGCUGAGAAGAGUGUGAAGACCAUCACGUCGGUGGCUGUCACCAGCGCCGCGCCAAUCCUGCAGAGAUUGGAGCCGCAGAUUGCCCUGGCUAACAACAUUGCAUGUAUAGGACUGGAUAAGAUCGAGGUGAAGCUGCCCAUUCUUUAUCAGCCAACCGACAAGGUGGUCUCUAAUGCCUCCGAGGCAGUUUUUGGUGCAAAGGAUGCUGUGCUGCAGAGCAUCUCAGGAGUGGUUGGUAAAACGAGGGGCGCUGUGCAGGACAGUGUGGAGAUGACCAAGGCCGCGGUCAAUGGCAGCAUCAACACCGUUCUGGGGAGCGGUGUACUACAGAUGGUGAGCGGCCACGUCGACACUGCACUGACAAAGUCUGAAACUCUGCUAGAACAAUACCUGCCACCGACGGAGGAAGAGCUGGCCAAGGAAGCGACAAAGACCGAGGGUUUUGAAUUGGCAACCGGAAAGCCCAGUUAUUAUGUCCGCUUGGGAUCGCUCUCUACCAAGGCCCGUCAGCGCACUUAUCAGCAAGCUCUGACACGAGUGAAGGAUGCCAAGUGCAGAAGCCAGGAAGCCAUCACUCAGCUACAGAGCACCGUUCAUUUGAUUGAGUUUGCAAGAAAGAACAUGGAUGGUGCCAAUCAGAAAAUCCAUGAUGCACAGGAGAAGAUGUACAACGCAUGGGUGGAAUGGACAAAAAGCACAGGCCAGCAAGCUGGUGGGGAGAAUGAAAGCACGGAGCAAAUUGAAUCGCGCACUUUGACGAUUGCCCGGAAUCUGACCCAACAACUACAAACCACAUGUCUUUCCCUGGUGACCAGUGUCCAAGGCCUUCCACAAAACAUCCAGACCAAAGCUCACAGUAUCGGCGCCAUGGCUGCAGAGGUCUAUCAGAACUUCCGCUCUGCCUCCUCCUUCAGAGAGAUGUCUGACGGCCUCUUAACCACCAGCAAGGAGCAAUUCACAAAAAUGAAGAGUUCUAUGGAUGAUGUAAUGGACUACCUGGUUAACAACACACCACUUAAUUGGCUGGUGCCGGACUUCAGCAUCACUGACCUUUCCUCCGAGGUGGACGAUAACCCAGAUGAGGAGUUGGUUAUGGAAGAGGAGAUGCAGGACUUUUCCCGGGCCAAUGGGGGUGUUAUAAACCAUGAUGUGUGAUAGCAUUCCUAUACUCCUAGCACGUGUGCCAUGCAAUAGAUCUAUUCUGCUUUACACGGACAGUGGAACUUUAUUGCCUGUGGUGAUGGAGACCUUUCUAUCUAGCUACAGUCGCUUUCAAUCUACAGCUAAGUUACAACCUGGGAAGAAGAGAGCGAUCACUAACUUCAUUAUAGUGUUAGUCUUUACAAUGCGGCCCUUGGCCCGGGGGUAUGUUCAUGUACUGUACAACAAAUAACUGCAGGAAUAUAUAAGUAGCUUCAUAUCGUGUUUAUUAGGAGUGCAUGGGAAGGUUUAAUAACUAUUGGGUAGAACUUCUUUCUGCUCUAACACUGGUAUCAAGAAUGACCAUGAAGCAACCGCAAAAAUUAAAGUGCCAUGCUCCAAUUAUCCACUGUUUAUACCCCAUUGUCUAUAUACUCCAGUGUCCCCUUGUGGAUGAAGGAGAGACCAUGCAGCUGCGUAUGUUAUGACAUCAUAGCUGCCAAACAGUCGCAGUUUUGUAUUUCUGCCAGUGCCUUUGAUGUCUGCACAGUAUUUGGUGACUUGUUGGUACAUUUCUAGUACUGCUUUGCUGCACUUAUUUCCAUGUUCAAUAAAGAGCGUGUUCACAGCAAA